AUCUCACGAUGUGAAAAAAACGCCAGUGGAGUGGAGUCAAAAACAAAAUUAGUUUUUGUUUUUCGCUCUAUUUUCAUGAUAUUUCAUGUGAUAAAGAUACAUGCAGAGUUUGUUGUGCAUUGACUUGUAUAGAAUGAAUCUGUGUUUAAAUAUUUAACGUAAUUUUCUUGAAGCAUGGCAUCCAAAAGCGAGGACAACUUUUCCGCCUCAGAGAAUGAAUCCAUUCCAGAAUUUUCCGCCAGCGAAGACGAAUGGGAUCCGGCGAAGCAUGAUGUCAAAUUGGGAAGGAAAAGGAAACCAAAAUCCAAACGACCCCCAGCAAAACCAACGAGAGUUUCAAGAAGAAUCGCAUCAAAGUUGGGAAAAAUGCUUCCGGAGGAACCGGAAUGCAGUGCAGCUGUAGACCUGCCACCAGACCCUGUCGAGGAUUCGGGUACGGAAUCGUCAGAAUCGGAUAAAUGUCCAAAGAGUAAAAAACGGAAACGUUCGGCAUCCAAGAUGAAAGGUGGGAGAAAAACCACAAAAGAGGCCAAUGAUGAACCGAUUAAGUUGACGACCUUUACGGUCGAAGAGCUCUAUCGGAAGUAUAGACCAGACUUGGCGUGCAGCUCGAAGAUGGAUGUAAUUUCCGAGAGGCGAAAGCUGGAAAUUAAGAAGGAACCUGACGAUGACGAUAGCAGCGGCGACGAUUAUCUGGUCGAUCCGGAGAAGCUGGAUUUGAAUUCGGACUUUUUUCUACCAAAGGGUGACUUUGAAAAGAAGCAGCUAGAGAGCCCUGCUAUUCAGUUCGAUUGUAACGCCGGUUUGGAGAUGGAUGAUUCGGAAGAAGAGGUAGACGACGAUGAAAAAUCGUUGAGCACGAUAAAAUUGGAAGAAGAGAGCAAUGGGGAUUUUAACAAAAAGCUAAUUCAACAAAUUAAUCAGUCCAGUCUCAAUUGUGUGAAUAUGGUGAAGCUUGCAGAGUUUUCGCAGCGGCUGGAAAAAGAUCGACAAAAACUGCAACAGCUUCGACAGGAACAAAUAUCUCAGAAACAGUCGAACGAAGAAGACGUUUCAAAUAUAUUAUUGGCAGGAGAGAAAAUUGAAGUUAGAAAAGGUGACCCCAACAAGAAAAAUAGUUUUGUUGCAGUGGACGAGAAAAAAGAAUGCGAAGGGGAAAAAAUGGUUCAAGUAACGCUCAAAUUUGAAUCAGCCGAAAAAGAUAAAAAAGGAAAGAAGAGGGUUGACUUGUUCACUGCCCUCAAACGAUUGAUGAACCGUGAAAAACGUCAAAACCAAAUAUAUCUGCAUAAAGUGUCAGUUCUUUGCUGGAUAGGGUAUGGAACGUUUCUCAAUCGAACGGUUUCUAAUCCGUCACUCGUACAAUUAAUCAUAAAACGACUACUGCCUUCGUCUGGCUGCCGACCGAAAGGUCUCACCAACUUGAACUAUUUCCAACAGGUAACGCAUUAUUUCCGAAAGGUAGUUAAGCUGAAAAACCAGGAUAUGUAUUUUCGGUCAAGUAAAAUGCCACCACUCAAAGCGACUCUCAAAUAUCAAAUCAUGCAGCAAUCGGCGUACUGCAAACGCGAUUACAUCUUGUUGUUUCUGCUGAUGCUGCGCUCCUUGAAUAUUCACUGCCGGUUGGUGAUGUCGCUUGUGGUUCCACCGAAACAGGUCCCAGCCAACGAACUCUAUCGAAUGACGCCUAAGACGUCAGAAGAGCUUCAAGCUGAUCGGCGGUUGAUGUUGGAUUUUAAGCGAGCUCCCCGUCAUAGUGUAGUAUACAAGGCCCGUGAGAAGCUCUUUGAGCUGGUCUCUAAGAACUCGCAGCAAAUGCAAAGGGAAGCAGCCAGGAAGCAACGUCGUGAAGGAUUCAGUGCAACCUUUCCACAGUUGGAUGGAGGUCACGAUGAUUUGUUAAGGCCACCUCGUAAAAAGCUGAAACUUAUGGAUAAUUCGUUCAUGAAUGUUGAGAGCAAUUUGUCAACGGUGAAGAAGUCGUCAAAUGGAACCGAAGAAGAGAAAUUUUCCGAAGACCUGGACGAAAAAGUGCGGCGACGUAGGGAGAGGAUUUUAGCAGCAUAUCAAGCAUCCAGAGUUCGGAACGAGCUGGCUAGGGCACGUGCUAAAGCAGAAGCGGAAUUGUUGGGAGAGGGUACUAGUUCAAUGCAUAAUGGCACGCGAGGGAGGCCCGGUUCCAAGCAGGCUGCUAAACGAAAUCGUCCUGGUUUAGAUCUUUGGAUCGAAGUAUAUUGCGAACACGAGGAUAAAUGGGUUACGAUCGACAUCAUUCAUGGAAAGGUUUAUUGCUUAGAGGAUAUUGUUAAUCAAGCCACUGCCCCUAUCUGCUACGUGUUAGCGUGGAACAACGACGGUACGAUCAAAGAUGUCUCACCGCGAUACAUAUCCCGUUUGGGCAGCAAAAAGUCCAAACUACGCGUUGAAGACAUUUGGGUCGAGAAAACGCUCCAGCCUUACAGAGUGCGUCGGCAAACACGUCGUGAUCGGACCGAAGAUUUAAAGUUUGAUAAAUUGCUCAACAAGCGGCCCUUCCCGGAGCAGAUAGGGGAGUACAAGAACCAUCCGCGAUUCGUUAUUGAGAGGCACCUGCUGCGGAAUGAGGCAAUCUAUCCACCGGAUUCCGUCGUAUUGGGCUACAUCAAGGACGAACCGAUCUACCCGCGGGAUUGCGUGCAUGUACUGUUCUCGCGGGAGGGCUGGCUGCGACAAGCCAAGACAGUCAAGAUGUUCGAACAGCCCUACAAAGUGGUAAAAGCUAAAGCCAGGUAUGAUCGCUUCACGGGGACAUCGGUAACUGGUCAGAAAAUGGAGUUGUUCGGGAGCUGGCAGGUCGAGGACUACGAUCCACCGACGGCCCAGAACGGGUUGGUUCCGCGAAGCGCCUACGGAAAUGUGGACCUUUUCAAGCCUUGUAUGCUUCCGAAGGGAACGGUUCAUCUGCAGUUACCGGGUUUGAAUCGAAUCUGCAAGCGUUUGCGUGUCGAUUGCGCUCAGGCUAUUGUCGGUUUCGAAUACAAAAAUAACGCAUGCCAAGCAAUUUACGAUGGCUUUGUUGUUUGUGAGGAAUACCGCGACGAAGUCAUUGACGAGUGGUACCAGGAGCAGGUCGAACUGGAACGGAAGGAGGAUGAAAAACGCAAGAAGCGGGUUUAUGGUAAUUGGAAGAGAUUGGUAAUGGGAUUGUUCAUUAGGAAAAGAUUGAAGGAUCGUUAUAAUUUUGAUAAUAUGUAAUUGCAGCACAGUGUCCUUAGAGAUCGUUUAUUUGUGUAUGAUUUAUAUCUAUUCUGUUAGAUAACUUUAAGUAAGUGUAAUUUUCUUAUUAAAUAUAUGUAGAACAUGCUGAA